AUGUCCUCCUUCCACGUCGUCGAACAUAAAAUACCCUGCCAACACAUUCGCGAAUACCCACGGGCAUUGAGCGGCUCACAAGAGGACGUCUUGCACCUCGCAGUCAAGCAAUAUAUACCCAAGGACAAUCCUAAUCCUCAGCCCGGCGAUGUAACAAUCAUAGGCGCACAUGCCAAUGCAUUUCCAAAAGAGCUUUACGAGCCACUAUGGGAUGAUAUCCACGCAAGGUCAAAGAAGAACGGCUUCCGCAUCAGAAGCAUAUGGAUCGCAGACGUUGCGCAACAAGGUCAGAGCAGCGUCCUCAAUGAGAAACUGCUAGGCAACGACCCCAAUUGGAAUGAUCAUCCACGGGAUUUGCUACACAUGAUCAAUAUGAAGAGAGAUCUCAUGCCUCGGCCACUGGUGGGAAUAGGCCACUCGAUGGGAGGAAAUCAUCUAGUCAACCUAGCCUAUAUGCACCCCCGACUUCUCACCACACUCAUCCUUAUCGACCCCGUAAUACAAGUCCAUUCCAGUGUUCCACCCGACGCAGGUCCGAGUCCGGCACGUUUAUCCACUUUCCGACGUGACGUCUGGCCCUCGAGAAAAGAGGCCGCCGAGAGUUUCCAAGCCAGCAAGUUCUACCAAGCAUGGGAUCCCCGAGUACUCGACCGCUGGGUACAACAUGGCCUUCGUGAUAUGCCGACUUUACUACACUCAGAAGGACCACCUAAAGUUACGUUAAAGACCCCUCUGCACCAAGAGGUCUUCACUUUCCUCCGACCAAACUACCAAGGCUACGGAUGGCAAGGCAAGCCCAUCAACCGUAAGACUCAUCCAGACCUGAACCCCUCUCUGCCGACGAUAUACCCAUUCUAUCGAGCUGAAGGACCACAAGCGUUCUUCCGCCUCGAGGAACUUCGACCCAGCGUGUUGUACAUAUUUGGGGGCAAAUCAGAUGUCGGCACACCUGAGGCGUGCAAAGCCAAGAUGGACCACACCGGUGUUGGUAUUGGAGGCAGCGGAGGCGCCCCGGCCGGUCGUGUACGGAGUGUCUUGUUUGAAGAUAUCGGCCACCUGAUUGCCAUGGAAGCUGUCGAUAGGACUGCUAAUCAUAGCUCCGAAUGGCUAGGGAGCGAGAUGAAGUUGUGGAGAGAAGCCGAGGAGGAACACGAGCGAGCGUGGAAUGCAAAGUCGUUGAUCGAGAAACAGACCGUGGAUGAGGAGUGGAAAAAGAUGAUAGGAGGUCCGAUGCGCAAGCCUAAGAAGACGAAACUUUGAUUUGACUUCAACGAUUUGCAUGCCGCAAAAUCAAAUAGAGGCUUCCAAAGCUGGGGCUUAUCGCAAGACCAACGACAGCGCGGUUCCGGAGAGGCAUGUUGCAUUACUAUAGAGUGUGGUCUGUUUAGAUUGGGUAUACGAUACACGACACGUAUAGACAACUUGAAAAUAGGACAAGACAAG